AUGGCCGAGAGAAGAGCGGGGGGGAGGGAGGCGACAGUCGGAAAAAGAGAGGAAGAGAGCAAGGCGUGGAGACUUACCCACGAACGGGACGCUUCCACUGAGAUGGGUAUACGUGAGAAGGGCACCCACUUAGCCUGCGUGCAUGGGACAGGGGAAAGAGGACUGGGGGGGCAUGGCAGGGAUGAACGCUUCCGUACAGGCCGGCAGCUUCCCCGUCACACGGGAAGCAACCGCUUUGUGACCCUUCUGAUCCUUCCUAAUGUUUGUUUCUCUGCCACGCCAUCAAGCGUCCUGGUACUCCCGUUGUACUGA